UUUAGUAACAUUGUACAUUUUGAUCGAAACGCAUGUGUCGUGUAAUGAUGAUGAACAAAACAGUUCGGAAGUUUAUGUGAGGAAGAAGAAAUGAAAACCACGCGGCGGCUUUAUCGGUCCGAAUUAUGAUUUUCGUUAAUACUGUUGUGUAUACUAGCAGAUUUAGAUAAUUUUAUUUGGAAUUAUUCGGCAAGAAAAUUCGUGUAUGAAUAUGUGUCAAAGAGACGUAAAGAUUUUAGCGAAACUGCCAUUUGGAUUAUUCUAAUAAGAAAUGGGAUUGACGUUUAACGUGUGAACAGAUACAAAAAUAAAAUUCCAAUUGGAUCAAGUGUUUUUGAAUGUGAAUAUUUCUUGUAUAGAAUUUAAAUAAUCGAAUUAGAUUCCGGGGAUAUGUGCAAUAUAGUGUGUGAAUAAGGUAUCCAAUUCUAAGGAGAAAAAUCAAAAUCUUAAGAAAAUUUACGUUCGAAAAAAUUGGAGAUGAUAAUAUUCUAAUAUACAGUCGAAAAAUAAACAAUUUCUUAUUCGAUUGAUAAAUAAAAAUUUAUUCAAAAGAUAAAAUUAGUUGGAAAAUAUAUAAAAUUCAGAAACAAAUCGUAUAACCGUUACGUAUCCAUACCGUAUUAUAUGUAUACGUCGCGUAAAUAGUCUAAAUCGUUUCAGACAUUGAUUUUCUUUCAUUCCACAAAGAAAAUAUAAUAAAAGAAAAGUGUUUUAUUGAUUUUAGCUAAUUUUCUUUUCUUCGGAGCUUUUGCUUUUGUGACGGCAUUUCUUCGUUCGUGUUCUUUUCUUGAUUGUUCUCAUAGUGUAUCCCGAGGUGUAUCCUACAUCUAUCUAUACGUAUAACCCAUAGUAAAGUUUUAGUGUAUGGUGGCUGUUAAUUUGAUGAUUAUGGGAACAUUGACCCAUACACAAUUUUUUUUUGUAUGUCGAUUUUUGCAGUGUAAGGAAAAUCUUAUUGUGAUGUACCUUUGUGCCACAGGUUUCACCACAAAAAGUUAUUAAAACAAACAAAUCAAGUGCAAACAAGUGAAUCACUUUUGUAUAAAAACGGAAAACAAACAAAAAUAUCGAAAAAAGAAAACAAAAAAUUUCCACAACUGUUGGUUAAGUACAUUAUGCCUUUGCUGGUUGCACAAAGAAGUUCACAUGGUGUGGCAUUAGACCACAAUCACAGUGCAGCAGGCACCACCGAUCAACCGUUGGAUUUUACCAUGUCCAAAUUUAAAACAUCCACAAGACAUCAAUUAUAUCGUCAAUUUUAUAGAACCGAAGAUUCACCACCGUACGACAAACACGAAGAAGAAGUAACAACCGAUAUCGAAAUGCGAGAAAAGCAAUACGGUAAAUUAUGGUUAGACAAUGGAAUGCAAUGGCGUCAUCCACUAUCAUUAGCACUAACCACUCCACCAGCACAAACGCCACCAUCACCACCUGUAACACAAAUAAACACCAACAGCAGUAUACCAUUCCGGGAAUUGUUACUGCAACAGCAACAGUUACAAUUGCACCAACAACGGCAACAACAGCAGCAGCAACAACAAAGCCAACAAUCCAAAGCAAAUGAAACAAAACCAAAAUUGACGUCCACAUCUCCAACAAUACUUGUGUCCGAUAGCGAUCGAAGCGCUCUGGCAUCACAUUUCCAUGAACGCGACCGAAUGAUUUUACAACACCAGCAGCAACAGAUGCAAUUGCAACAACAGUUGUUACAGCAGCAGCAGCAACAGACCCACCAACAGGAACAAGUGCACCAAAGCCAUCAUCAGACUGAAUUGCAACAACGGCAUUUGGAGCAACGAGAAAAGUGUUUGAUAAACAACAAUGACCGAUUACAGGAUUAUGAUGUUAGUGACCGGGAAAAGGAGUUGGCCAUUCGACUGAAAUCACCAGAUUUAAGCCGAAUAUCCAAGACGCCUUCUCCAAUUCCUUCUCAUGAUGAACAAGACAGUGGGGAUGACCAUAGUGACAGAGGCAGAUCACAUACACCUGAACCGAGACAUCAGGAUGAACGUCCCUUAGCACUUAAUUUGGUCACCGACUCGUCGAGGCAUACACCGUCCCCUGUUUCUUCAAAUCCAACGAAUAACAAUGUAGCCGCUGCGUUAGCCGCACUGCAAAGUCCACUAGGUCCACUGUUAAUGCCGAAUCAAUUAGCAAUAGGAAACUUGGCAGGCAUAUCACCUCAGGAUCUAAAUGCAUUCCAACAGGCAUUUCAGCAAGCGCAACAAGCAUCACUGCAACAACAGCUACAGAGUUACAUGGAAUUAAUGCAUGGAAACUCGAAUAUGGGUCAACAGAAAGGUGGAAGCAGCAAUGCAAAUGCACAGGCUCAAGCAGCUGCACAAUUUUUCCAAGUUGCCCAGGCAGCUCAGCAAUUGCAGGCCCUUCAAAAGCAACAACAAAUGAAAAAUCAAAAUAGUUCAGCAAUAGCCAAUUCACCCAUUCACAGUCCAUCUGGCAGUCCAGGAUUGCCGACUCCAACGUCUCUGAUGGUUGGAUCAAAUCAAACGACACCACCGAAUGUGUCCCAGUUGAAUGUUGGCGGCAUUCUAACGCCGUCGACGCCAGGCUCGGGCACACAUACACCUCAAAUGCAAAAAUUACCGUCAGUACCAAGAGCAAUGGAACCGUCGCCGGAAGAAACGACCGAUUUGGAGGAGCUAGAACAAUUUGCGAAAACGUUCAAACAACGACGAAUCAAACUAGGCUUUACACAGGGUGACGUCGGAUUGGCAAUGGGCAAACUGUACGGAAAUGAUUUUUCACAGACAACCAUAUCACGAUUCGAGGCGUUAAAUCUAAGUUUCAAAAAUAUGUGCAAACUGAAACCGUUGUUGCAGAAGUGGCUGGAAGAUGCUGACAAUAGUAUAACGAAUCCUGGAGGAUGUUAUAUUUCCAGCAUAUUCGGUGCAACAACGCUGAGCAAUCCACUGACCACACCCGAAACAAUUGGCCGACGACGAAAAAAGCGCACCUCGAUCGAAACGUCCGUGCGCGGCGCUCUGGAAAAAGCAUUUCUGGUCAAUCCGAAACCGACCAGCGAAGAAAUCUCAUCGUUAGCCGAUCGUUUGUGCAUGGAGAAGGAAGUGGUACGCGUCUGGUUCUGCAAUCGACGGCAGAAGGAGAAACGAAUAAAUCCGCCCGGUACGAUGGACAGUCCGACUGGUGCGGGAAGUGGCAGCGGAAUGUCGUGGUUGCCGUCGAUGGGCGGAUUGCAGCAACACUAUGCACCGUUGCCCGGUUCGAUAAAGCCGGAAUGACCUCCACGCUGGGGAGUUGGCGAUUUCGGAACGAUUUUGGCUGCUGACCAGCACGAAAUGGGCGUUCGGUUCAUGGAUUGAAUGGAUAUUGUGGUUCGGUAAUGCAAUUGUAAAAGGAAAGUUUUUCCGGAUUUUUUUUUAAAUUGUUGGAAAUAGAAACAAAACAUAAAAUGAUCAUCGUCAUAUCGGUAAAUAUAGACACAAAAAAUAAUAAAUUUUAAAUCAAGAACAGAUGGCAAGAAAUUAUAUCAGAAGUAAAAGACAAAAAAUGAAACAAACAAAAAAUCGUCUACGAUUUAUGUAAAAAAAAUAGUUCCUAUUGAUAAAAUUAUGUGCGAAAAGGAUGAAAAACUGAUGAACUAACACAAAUGGAGAACAAUAAAUUUAGUACAGGGCAACAAAAAUAUUAUAAACAAACAAAAAACUAAACCUAAAAUUACAACAUUUUUUUAAAAAUGAAAAUCAAGUACAUGCUGGCUAUGUGUUCUUAAAAUCUAAUUGUAAAUUAAGUGAUUUCAACAUUUUAAAUUAAUUUAUUUUUAACACUGAUGGUACUGCAAUUAAAAUAAUUUACCUUACCGCGGAGUAAUUUCCAUUUUUCCCUUCAUUUACUCUCACAAAACAAAAAUCUGUUAUCAAGGCUGUUCAUCUUCUCUUCAAUCUGAGUAAAUUCACCCUCGAUACCUGUGGUCUGUUUUCCGCAUCGACGACGUUUUUCCCCAAUGAAUGAAUGAGUGAAGGUUGACUAGUAAUUAAUUUUUCUACAGUCGGUUACUUUGAAAUGAGUGACACAUUUUGUUUCAGCUGUUUUUCAGAUGAUCCACUUUUACAUUGUAUGAUUGGAUCAGCUGGAAAACAGCUGAAACAAAAUGCGUCUUUUAAGGUCGUGGACUGUAUCAUGCGAUGCAUAUUGUUAUGCGGCCAAUAUCACACUCCUUCAUGGAUCAAUAGUUGACCCAUCAUAGGAAUACUUCUAAUUGAAUAUUUAAACACGGAAUGGGGAAGUAUUCAUUUAGCGAAUUUUAAGAAAAAUGACAUUUUAUGGAAUUAACGUCAUAUCGAUGCUUUUUCUUCUGAAAUAUCAAAAAACUUCUACCGUCUCACCAUUCGACACGAACUUAAAUCAAUUAAAUUUCAUUUUUCUUAUAAUUCACUAAUUGUACAUGCACCUUUUUGCAUUUAGAUAUUGAAUUAUGUUACUAAGAAGUUGACUGCAAUCUUGAGGCCAGUACAUAGUUCGUGGGACCAUAGAUGAAAAGGACCUGGAAAAUGGGCGUUAACGUGGGGUAUACAUCAUCGAUUAAAAGUAUUUGAUAGAUGGAUCACACAUAUUCUGUGAACAUUUUGAAUAGGUCAUUUUUUCAAGCAUUUUUAAGACAUUUUUCACUUACUGAUCUUUAAGGUCGUGAAAAAUGUCUGAAAAAUGUAUGAAAAAAGUGUAAAAAAUCAGAGUUAACAUCAGGGAUACACAUCGGGAUCAUUAAAUAAAUUUGACAUCUGUCAUGAAUCGAUUUUAUCUAGCAUUUUUCAGGGACCUGUGAAUAGCUGUCAUUUUGAGGGUUUCUACUGGUAAAAAUCGGUAAAAUAAGAGGAAACGUUACAAAGAGUGGUUAAAUAUUAGUUUCUUAAAUAAAUGAAAAGUUAAUGAAAAUUUGAUGCAUAAUCGAUGUACUAAUACAAAACAGUUGAGACUCGAAACAGAUCUUAUAAAUGAAAUUAGGCCCGGUUCCAGGUAUGCCUGCGAAUUCUUCAUGUAUAUACGUUAUAUCCGAUCUCAAUUACAUGGAUUAUUUACAAUUUUCAAAUAAUGGGUAAGUUCUGGUCAGGGCCAGUUAAGUGCAUUUAUUUUAAGGAUAAGCUAAUUAUUCAUGGGAUAGACCUGACCCGAAACAUUUUAUGCCGAACUAUUCAACCAUUCUUUGCAAAUAACUUUACCACAAUGAGAGCAAGAUUAACCACCAAUUCCGGAUCUGAUUAUAUAAAAAUAGAGUAAACGCGCUAAUCACCAAAAGUUAUUUUUUACUGGUCUCACCUAUACCUACUGGUCAAUUUAAAAGACCUGAUGCAAUGGUUGUAACCAAAUAACUAAUCUUUUCCAGAUGGCUUUGGGACACCACCCACAGCAUAUUUUUGUGAAUUUUAAUUCUGAAGAUUUCUGAUAAAACUCUGAAAAGUCCGAAAAAAUUCUGAAAAUUUUUCGUAAUUUUCAGAAUUGAAAUUCCCAAAAAAACUGAUAUCACCAGCGGUAAAGUCUUUCACUUUUUAGACCUAGCAUUUUUAAGAUAAUGAUGCAAAAUCUGUUACUUCGUUGGUUUUAACGUACGAUAAUUGACGUUUAUUUUUGUCGUGGUUUUUGAUAACAGAUGAAAAUUGGUUCGAAUUAGGUAAAUGCGAAGACGAGCUGUCGAAAAAAAUCGAUCUUUGCUAUUACGAUUACAUGAUUAGAAUCCCACUCAGACGUUGUCGUUUUCACUACAUUCAUUUCACCGAUUUCCCUCCCCGUCUUGCUAUCAGAGAAUGGUCAAAUUUUUCAUAGCAGAUUGUAUUGGAAACUAUUCUCAAAAUCUGGUGUCUUCCAAUAGUUGAAAUACAAAAAAGUUGAAUCAUUUUUGGUCAGGAAAUUAAUUUAACUUUGAUUCACUUGUUCGUGUGUGCGUGUACGUUGUGCUUAUUUGAGAUGAUUAGCUUUUUUUUCUGUCCACAAAAGUUCUUUUCCCAGUUGAUUUACUAAAAUUUCAAAUCGAUCCUCUUGUGACAUUAUUCCCAUUUCGAAUGUUGUCACAACUGGACAAUCGAAAUUUUAUCGUUACAAAACAAAAAUUUGUUGUAAAUUUAAAUUGUUAAAUUCGAGGAUAUUUUAUUUGUUGGAUUUUUAUUUGUUUCUGUGUACAUAAUUCACUUAACUAAUUCGUAUAAUAUUUAAAAAAAAAAUAUAUUUUUUUGAGUAAGAAAUGAAGAAAAAAAUUUUACUGAAAUUUUACAUAUCAUACAAGAAAACGUAUGAAACACCGAUGAAAAAAAUUAAUUUUCUCAGAAUAACGCUGAGAACACACGGGAAAUUCAAAUUGUCGAACAAGGGGAUUUUCAUAUGAGUUUUCCGUGCUUAAAAGUCGAUUCGUUCCACUUCUAUUGUGGAAUAUGAAAGGUUGACACGAACAUUAGUAAGGGAAUCGUUAAGAUCGACAAUAAUUACAAUUACUCGAGUGUGUUUUCAGCUCAACAAAGGAACCAAAUCCAAUCUGGAACUGACUAAAAUUUGAUCUGAUUUCUGAGUUUCAUCGAAAUGUUUUUUUACUAAGAAAAAAUUAUAAAUUUCCAUAUCAGACCCCCACUUUUUAUAAAAUAAAAAAUAAGAACACAAUUCUUCGUUCAAUAUAUUUGAAGCAAAUAGGAAACGUUGUGAAUGAUUGAUCUCUUUUCUUUCUUAAAAAAAACAAACAAUGAAAACAGCAACAAAAUAAUUAAAUGAAAAUUCCAAACCAAAAUAAAUUGAAAGUGUAAAUAAUUAAAUUAUUUGUAAAAAGUAACUAUAAAAACAGAAGAAGAAAUUUAAGAAAAAAAUGUAACUUAUAAAUAAAUGAAAUGUAUUUACGAGAAGAAGUGAAAAAUUAUAUAUUAAAAAAAAGAUGAGAAAAAAAAACUUUCAAAAGUUUAAGUAAAACGGACAUUUUAACGAAGAAAAAAAAACUCUUUUUUACACACAAGAACAAACUACAAUUGAAAAUACGAUAAAUUAAAAUAUUUAGCCGGUUAGAUAAAAUGUGAAAUGGAGCAAAUAUAAGUGAAACAAAAUAUAAAAAAAUUAACUGAUUUCGAAUUGAAGGGAAAAAAAACCCUAAGAAGAGCUAUACAAUAUAUUUCAUUUAUAUCAUAAUCCUGCGAAUAAUAAUACCUACAACUUAAGCAACAAGUUGAAAAAACAACAGAACACAACUUUAAUUUACUAUAUAUAUAAACAAAA